AUGCCAAAGCACCAAGGCAGCUUCCUCAAAGAUCUGCCCCCUUCGAUCAAACGAUGUAAAUACCAUGGAGAAUCGCAAUUCUUCGACGUCCUCAACUCCAUACCUGAUCGCUUCGAAGCCUCGAUGGACACAAGCGAAUACGUCCUAUUUCAUGCAAGCAAAGAGACCAUCCAAACCAUUUUCGAUCCUCAAAACGCAGACACAUCCAUCAGACGAUAUUGCCGUGCAUUUGAUACAAACGAAGAACUUAUCCUAGCCAUCAUGGCUUUAGUUCCACACGCUUGGGCGGCCGAUAUCAUGAACAGCAUGAUUCGCGACAACGUAUCGCAAAUGGGGUUAUUCUCUUCUCUCCGGGGAUAUCCAGGGGCACUUACUGAAAGGAAGAAGACGAAGGGGAAAGCGCCUGACUAUGGCUGGGGACCCAAAAGAACAGCGCGUGGUCAACCCCUCUCACCCUCAGUUACGCUCGAGAUUGCGAUGUCGGAAACGGAGCCGAAAUUGAAUUCCGACGUCCGGUUUUGGUUGAACCCUGAUGAAGGCAAUGCCGACAUAUGCCUUACACUCCGGAUCAAUCGGUCUAAGCCAGAAAUCCGGAUUGAAAAGUGGGUGUGGCAAAACGACAGGAUCCAUCGCUCCCAGGUCACUUGGAUUACCAAAAAAGGGGAGCAGACAAAUGUCUCUCAUCAUCCUAUCGUUAUCUCGUUUGAAAGUCUAUUCGGUCGCCAGCCAACUUGCCCGCGGGAGAAAGAUGUCGAAAUCUCACAACAACAACUGGAGGAAAUCGCAGAGACUAUUUGGGAAGGACAGGACUGGUAG